CUUCCAUCACAGGGAACUCUCUGCCCCCUGUGGCCGAGAGACCCCACCCUUUCCCCAAGCUGAAGCCGCAGGGCAUUGAGGUACCAGCCAGAUGUCUUCUCACAAAGGACCUGUGGUGGCCCAGGGCAAUGGGGCUCCUGCCGGGAACAGGGAGUCUGACACAGUGGAGCUGGCUGAGCUGGGACCCCUGCUAGAGGAGCAAGGCCAGCGGGGCGUCACCAGCCCAAGCAAAGCUGAAGAAGAGCAGGCAUGCCCAGUGCCUCAGGAAGAGGAGGAGGAGGAGGGACAGGGGUUGACACUUCCCCUGCAAGCCCACCAUGGCAUGGAUAAGAUGCAGGAGUUUGUGCAUAAAGUCUGGGAGGGGCGCUGGAGGGUCAUCCCGUACGACGUGCUCCCUGACUGGCUAAAGGACAAUGACUACCUGCUGCAUGGUCACAGGCCGUCCAUGCCCUCCUUCCAGGCCUGCUUCAAGAGCAUCUUCCGCAUCCACACAGAGACCGUCAACAUCUGGAACCACCUGCUUGGUUUUGUGCCGUUUCACUUUCUGGGUAUCCUGACCAUGCUCAGACCAAACAUGUACUUCAUGGCCCGCCUUCAGGAGAAGGUGGUGUUCGCGAUGUUCUUCCUGGGCGCGGUGCUCUGCCUCAGCUUCUCCUGGCUCUUUCACACCAUCUAUUGUCACUCAGAGCAGUGACAAACUGGAUUCUUUUCCAGCCCUUUUCAAACUGGAUUAUCAGGGAUUGCCCUGCUGCUUAUGGGGAGCUUUGUCCCCUGGCUCUAUUACUCCCUCUACUGCUUCCCACAGCCACGGCUCAGCCACCUCUCCAUCGUCUGUGUCCUGGGCAUCUCUGCCAUCAUUGUGGCCCAGUGGGACCAGUUUGCCUCUCCUAAGCACCAGCAGACAAGCGCAGGGAUGUUCCUGGGGCUUGGCUUGAGUGGCGCCGUGCCCACCGUGCACUUUACAACCGCGGAGGGCUUCGUCAAGGACACCACGGUGGGCCAGAUGGGCUGGUUCUUCCUCACGGCUGUGACGUACAUCACCGGAGCUGGCCUUUAUGCCACGUGGGUUCCUGAGCACCUCUUCCCUGGAAAAUUCGACAUAUGGUUCCAGCCUCAUCAGAUCUUCCACGUGCUGGAGGUGGCAGCCGCCUUCAUCCAUUUCUACAGGGUCUCCAACCUUCAGGAGUUCCGAUAUUGCCUGGAAAGGGGCCGUACUGACGACUCCCUCCUCUGA